AUGGAUGCUGGCAUCAUUAAUAAUAGAAUCUUUGAUCAAAUAGAUUUUAGAAGCACGGUUGAAAAAAUUAACACUGAUGAAAGAAUUGAAUCACUCUCAAAUCUUAAUGAUGAUUUAGACAUUUUGGAAUAUAUUAAUGAUGACGAUGAAAUAAUUUCAAACGUUUUAGAUGAAACAAACAAAAUAUUAACGACAUUUUGGCUAACAGCUGCAUUGGCAAAUCUUAAUCCAGUAUUUAAAAAUAGUAAUAUUUUGCAAUGUGGAGCUUACGAUUCAUACAAUUUCCAUUUGACGUGCCAAUCUUGGAUAUCAAGUAUAGUAUUUACGUGGAUAAAUAUGAUAUUGUUCAUAAUAUCGUUAAUUGUUUCGUGUCGAGUCAAACAAGAGAAAAAGAAAGGAUUGCACUCGUUCAACAAGCCUGCAAUCUCUUCAAAACAGAAAAAAUUGACAUCUAACAGACAAUCAGUAUUGUUGAAACAAACUUUAGAUAAUCCGAAUAAACCUCAACCUGUGAUGUUAGAAACUGGUUUCAAACCUCUAAUGCUGCCUAUCAUGGUUGAUAAUGAAAGCCAGUCUAAUGAAAUCGGCAGUGGUGGAUAUAGUGAUAGAUCAUCAAAAAGAAACAGUAUGUUUGAUAAUGGUGGUUUGAAAAGAUAUAGUUUACUAAAUAUUGCCAAGAAAAGAUUGAGUGGAUAG